CAGCAAGGAGAUGCAGAGCAGGCGGCGGCGCAGCAUUCAAUUGUUCAUCAUUCGAUGUUAUUAUACAUGUGCUUCGGAUGAGGGAGAGCUGUAGCGUUGACGACAUAGAUCAGUACUGCAACGGUCUUCUGGACAGUGGCGUGGUUUACUAUGUAAGUAUACGAGCAUUUACUCAGACCGGGUAUGCUGAUAGCGGAACUACGACGGUCGUAACAGCGAACGACAACAGAGCUAUAUACGUCAUGGUCGCCAUUAUUUUCAUCCUGGCCAUGGUUAUCACAGCAUUUGUGUCCUGGAUAUACGUGCAUAAAUAUAGUAACCGACAACCGCGUAUGAGAGAGAAAGGAAGUAAGGGAUUUCGAAAUCGGGUGUCAACUAUGAUUCAUAGAAGGACGAUCGACCCCACCAAAGUCAAACGCAAACGACCAGUUUCAAAAGACGCCUUCAAUAGUUACGUCUGUAAACUGGAAAGAGAUUCAGGAUACAAGCUAGCAUACACGUACGAGGAAUUAGCAGCAAUAUCCCCUCAUCUGUCAACCAACGAGGGAGAACAACCCGAGAAUCAACCGAAGAAUCGCUACAUCAACAUCCUGCCCUUUGAUGACACACGAGUGAAACUACAGAGGAUCGGAGGUGAACCCACGACUGACUACAUCAAUGCAAAUUACAUUCCAGGGGAGAACAGUUCUGCCGAAUAUAUUGCUGCUCAAGGACCACUAGAAGGGACUGUAAAUGAUUUCUGGAGAAUGAUCUGGGAACAGCGUGUGGAAGUAAUCGUUAUGCUAACCAAAACUGUCGAGAAAAACAAGAAGAAAUGCGAAAAAUAUUGGCCAGCCAGUGGCAAGCCUACGAAAUAUGGAGACAUCGUCGUGGAGCUCCUCAUUGAACAAGCAGAGAGUGAUGGAGACUUGAUCAUCAGAACCUUGGUCAUAGAGAAGAACGGAGAGCUACGAAACAUCACGCAGUGCCAUCUAAUCGCCUGGCCGGAUUUCGGAUGUCCGAAACAUCCGAAUAUUUUGUUGAACUGCAUUAGUAGUGUCCGGCAACAAUGCGUGGACGACAUGCACACGCCGAUGCUGGUCCACUGCAGUGCCGGUGUUGGGCGCUCUGGUGCUUAUAUUGCCGUCGACAGACUAGUUCAAUGCGUUAACGAGGAUUCCAUGAUCGACGUUUUUGGACUCGUGUACAACAUGCGUUGCCAUCGCACGCACAUGGUACAGACGGAGGAACAGUUUGGAUACAUCCACAAGUGCAUUUCCAUAUUUCUGAACAAGCAGAACGAACACAUUGUCAAUGACUAUGAUUAUAAGUGGACAGAAGAACAAGAAAUGCAGGGAGCAGAUGAUUCACAACAAUUGUGCAAGGGAAAGACUGUCACCUUUGACUCCCCACCAUCUUGUGCGCACAGCAAUGCACUCGAGCUUUUCACCCUAAAGACGACUAUUGACCCUCAACCGCAUUCUGAGACUACAUCAACAGUUACAUCAACAGACCAUCAGGACUCCACGACCGAGGAUGCAGAAACUAAUCCAACCGUAACAUUAGAAGUAGAAGACGAAGAAAGCAGCCCGGUCGACGCAGUGGGAGUGUCGCUGGAAGCUUCCGGCAACGGACUAGAGUCGCCUGCUGACACGGAAGAUGACACGUGCGACAGCAGUGUAUGUGCCUCUCAGGAUGAUGCUAAGCUUUUGCAGACGACAGAAUUAUGAGGUUUGCGCUGCUAUUCAGGAGCAAUCAAUUAAUCAGAAGUAGGUUCGAGAGGCAGCAGCCCCGCCGCUAAUUUCGCUCCGCUCAUUUUGUUAGACUAACGGCCGACCGAGGGGCAUAGCCGAGUGGAGUUUGAAUCUACGCCAUAGCUAGUAGCUAGUACAAUAUACGGUUACUAGUUCAGUAAACCCCCGAGGUACGAAUUUAAUUCGUUCCACAGUUUCGUUCGUAUCUCGAAAAAUUCGUAUCUCGAACUCUAUAUAGGACGUACAGCAAUUUACGUAGCAAGUGCAAUCAUGAGAGGCUGAGAGCACAACCACGUUCAAUGUGUCACGUACUUAAACUGACUCACGGGAAGAGCGCGCGCUAGGCCUAUGGCCUUAUUGGCUGAUUCGUAAGACUCAGUAUGUUGAAUUUUAUUCGCUUGUCGAAUACAACACACUGAUCUCUAUAACAAUGAUUUUAUUAUAGAGAUCGGUGAUACAACAGUAGUUUGUACUGUAUUUGGCUGUUGAUCAAUCAUCAUCCUGAUUUGUCCGGCACAUGCAAAAUACGAUCAUUGCGUAUAAAUAUUAUAGUUUGACUGUGCCAUAUAUUUUAUUAUGCUAUAAUCUCUUUUCACACAAAAAUAUAUGUAAAGUGGUACGCAACGAUAUGCAAUGAUACCCAUAAUAAUAUUUAAUAUUAUCUAAUCGGAUUUAUCAGCGUAUGUUGAUCACUUUUAUUGUCACAUUAACAAAAACUGAUAAGUCAAUUAGACAAGUCAGAGUCGCAGUCGUAUUGAUAAUUCAGCUGGAUUAAUUAGUAUAUCUAAAACGCCAUAUUGCGAAAAGAGUUUUCCAAGGGAAGUGUUUUCCCAGACUACGGCAAAAUACACUGAUUAUUUCAACAACAUUCUUCUAAUAGUUUUUCUAAGGAAAUUCUUCUAUAAAACAUAAAAGAUUUCUAUAUAUCUGCUACAAAAUUUCAAUACAAACUAAAUAUUCAUUAUUAACGUCGUAGAAAGGAAACGCCAAAUUCACGGCGUUUGCGUUUAUAUAAAAUCUCUCGUUUGUGGACAAUAAAAUCUUACAUCAUCAAUUAAAA